GCAGAGGAUCACUCUCUGUCAUGCAGCCUAAACACAUGGCUCUGCACUGUAAACACACAAACACACACGCACACACACUGAGCUGCAGUGGAGGGGGGCAGAUUGAGACCCCUGUUUGUGUCUGAACAGUGCGUAAAGUUAUGUGUGUUUGAAUUCAGAGGGGUUGAGGAAGAGGAGUAGGAGGAGGAGGAGAGAGGGAGGAGGAAGAGGAGAGGAGGUCUGUCGACUGCAGGAUUCCAUCACUCUUAGCAACCAUUACUGAGUUACCACGGAAACGCUCUGCGAUGUUCUCUGCUUCUCCUUUGUCCCCCCCCUCCUCUCUCUCUCUCUCUUCGUCUCUUUCUCUCGUUCUCUCUCUCUCUCUGUGUCCCGUCUUCGCUGGUCGACUUCCUCCUUGCGUUGUUGCUACGGCGAUGCUCUGGGACAUUCAGCUGGAUCACUCUGCAGCCGCAGCAUCGGAGCGCAGAGCUGGACUGUUUGCAGCUGCAGGAAGUCAUCAGCUGAUCACCGCAGCUUCAUGCCACUGCAGAAACACGCCGUCCAUCCUCUCUGGCUUUUUAACUUUUUAAUCCACAACUACACUCCAUCCUGUGACCUUUAACCCUUACAUUCUCUCACACAUCAGCCUCUUCAGAUUGGUCAGGCUGUCCGGUGACAUCACAGGAAGUUGGAUGAAGUUCUGUCGAACACAAUCGCUCUCCAUGUUUUUACAGCUCCGUCAGGCUGAGAUUCGAGCACACUCUGCUCUGUGAACACUUCUACAAACGCCAGACCAACCCCACCUCCUCCACUGCUGAGAUGAACGAGGAGACGGAGGAGUCGCAGCUAUCUGAGGAGGUGCUGGAGGCUGAGGAUCAACAGGAGGAGGAGCAGGAGGAGGAGAAGUCAGUGCAGGAUCAAGAGGAGGAAGAAGUGCUUCAGAAAGAAGAAGAGGAAGAAGAAGAGGAUGAAGAAGUAGAGCAGGAGGAGGGGAUGCAACAGGAGGAGGAGGCGCAACUUAAGGAAGAAGUGCUUCAAAGCGGACAGGAGGAGACUGACUGUGAGGGGGUGCGGAAGAAGGAGGAGGUGGUGCAACAAGAGGAGGAGGAGCAGGAGAAGGACAUGCAACUUUUAGAGGAGCAACAGGAGAAGACUGAGUCUGAGCAAGGAGAGGAAGAGGAGAUGCAGAAGGAGGAGGAGGAGGUGAAGGAGCCUGAGGAGCUCUUGCAGCAACAGGACGAAGAACAGGAGGAGGCGCAGCAGUUUGAGGAGCUCCUCCAGGCUGAGGAGGAGGAGCUGCAGCAGAAGGAGGAGGUGCAGAUUGUUGAGAUGUCACAGACUGAGGUGCAGCAGACCGAGGAGGGGGUGCAGAUCGAGAAAGGGGUGCAGGACUUAGAGGACGGUCUGGAGCAGAACCACAACCAGCAGGUCUUGAUCCGCCUCAGAGGGAUGUGAGUAAACCUGCUCGGCUAUCAGACGCUGAUGAUGUCACGGUGGUGGUUAUGAUGUCAUGGCGAUGGUGAUGAUGUAAAAUGAUAACAGGGGUUGAUUGUGUUGUUAGUGGGGAGACAACCUCGGCAUCAGUGUGGUCGCCUGGUUGCUGUGGUGAUGCUUCCAUGAGGCGAGGACGGAUGGAGGGAAGACGGAUGACAGAGAGAAUGAGUGAGAAACUGUGGGCGUGCGACAUCUCUGAACAUAGGAGAGAGAGAGGGGGGUGUUUCUGAAGUCUGUCAGUCAGAUAUUUUUGGGCGCUAACAAGCUAACGCCUCAGCGGGAAACAUCAGAAGCACAUCUGUCUGUCUUUUUGAGGACACGGCUGCAGAUGUAGAACAGCCUUCCCUCCCUUUUUUUUUUUUUGUCCCCCAUAGUUGCUAUGGUGAUGGCGGAGCGUUGCGAUGCAGCAAACUCUCUGCAAAGAUAAAGACGGAUCAGGAACGAGAGAGGAGGGGGUGAGGCAGGGCAUGAAAUGAUGUUUACACGCUAACUACACGCAGCCUCAACACUGCACAAUGAGAACAUACAUGAUCUCAGAGGCGUCUGUGCAGAACUUGUGAAGAAAUUAAAGGAACAGUCCAACAUUUUAGGAUCAUGCGUCUAUCUUGAAUGUGUUAAUUUAAAGUGAAAUCAGAGUUGGAAACUGUCAGAUUAUCUGGUUGUAAAGUUCUCUCUUUAAUUUUGGGGUGUGAAAGAUUUCUGUCUGAAACAAUUUUAGACUGACUGUGCAUGAAGAUGAAUGUCAUAUCUCUACCACCAGCCAUUGAACAAAAGUGAAGCCAAACAAUGAGACCAACUGGAGGCAGAGUCCAACCUGGACCUUCUGAGUGAAUUCUUCAAAAUAAAUAUCAAGUCUGCUCCACUUUGGUCAAAUGGAUAACUUCUUUCAUGCAUUUAGAUAUUUUUGGUAGUAUAGCUCUGUUCUGAAAACUUCCUGCCUUUCUGCAUAUGUAAUGCCUGAGGCAGGGAGAACACCCUUUUGUUUCACGUGCAAACAUGAUGAACAAAGACAAACAGAUUGCAGCAAAAGCCUCCAGGGUGUAGAACAGAGCAGCAUCAGCGGUACUGGUAAAAUCAGUCUAAAUAUAAAUGGGAGGAGCACGGUCUGGAGGCAGGGAGAGCAUCAGCAAAGCCCUAUGGUAAUAAACAGAGCAGCAUCGGUGACAAGACAUAUGGUACAUACCUCUCUCGUUAAAUUAUAGAAAGGUGGAUCUGGGGUGGAGGAAGGGAGAGCAGCAGCAAACAUUACAGAAAGGCAGAGCUGGGGUGGAGGAAGGUAGAGCGGCAGCAAAAGUCGUUUGGGAUGGAACAGAGCAGAGGUGUAUCAGUGGCAAUACAUAUAGUAACUCUUGUAAAAUUGUACAAAUAUAGAAAAAAAAGAUAGGAUGGAGGAAGGGAGAGCAUCAGCAAAGCCCUUUGGUAAUAAACAGAGCAGCAUCUGUGACAAGACAUAUUGUACAUCCCUCUAUCGUACAAUUAUAGAAAGACAGAGCUGAGGUGGAGGAUGGGAGAGCAGCAGCAAACAUUACAGAAAGGCAGAGCUGGGGUGGAGGAUGGUAGAGCACUAGCAAAAUUCCUUUGGGACAGAACAGAGCAGAGCCAUAUCAGUGGCAAUACAUUCAGUAACUCCUGUAAAAUUGUACAAAUAUAGAAAAGAGAGGAUAGGGUGGAGGCAGGGAGAGCAUCAGCAAAGACCCUCUAAGGUACAAAAAAGAAGAGUAGAAGAAAUAAGAAGAAAAUGGGGAGCUGAGGUGGAGGCAGGUUGCACAACAUACAGUCUACAAGUUGCUCUUCUAAGGGUCAUAAAGGUGAAAACUGCUUCCACUUCCCCUGCCUUGCUGGUCAUAUUAUGCGACCAAUAGAACCAAAAACUGCAAAAUGGGAUUAACCCAAACAUGUCAAAGUAAAAACAUUUUGGAACAAAUCUAACUGCGUCCUCUGGCUGCAACUCGUCGUGAUGGUAUAUUUUUAGAUCUACACUGCGGAAAUGUUCCUUUCUUUCAGGCGUUGUUGUGUUGUAUUUAGUUGGAAAGGAAUCAUAACCCAUUAAGCAUUAAAUGUCAACACAGACAAAAAGAUGACGCAGGGAUAUUUUCACUCUUUUUUUAAUGUUUUAAACUGCCCAUCUCUUGGGGCUAAGCAAAGAGGCUUUAUUCAACAUGACAAAUCUGUCUCAGUCCAAAAAUACAAGGACUGGAGUGUCUACAUACUUUUGUCCGUGAAGUUACUCUCCCUGCAGGAGAACUCAGACAUUAAACUGUGGGAUUCCUCUUUUGGAGGUGUUGUGUGGAGGCUGAAUGUGUGAUCAGCGGUCUGUUUUAGACUCAGAGGAACAAACGGUGAAGAUCGCUGCUCUUUCUUCGGAGGGGAUCUGUCUGUUGUGUUUGCAAGUUCCAUAUUUGAAGAAACACAGAUGGGCACUUGAGUUGUUAAAUCUCAAACGCGUUGCAUUCAAUCUAAAGAAAUUAUCCCUGAAACACUUAGAGCUUCCACCCAGGUGUGUGCCUGCAGGAGUCUAGGUGACUCUGCUGUUGUAAUACAUGAAGAGUGCUUUGACCUCAGCUCCCCUUGACUCGAAUAAAAUCAGAGUCAGUUUGUCACUACAGUGGUAAACCUCUGUGUUUACGAGCCUGUAAAGGGGGAAACCUGCAGCUGGUCUCACAUCUGCAGGAAAAGACAGAAAACACAGCUGGUGCAGAGUGGGGUUUGAUGUGGACAUCCUAUCAGGACGUCUGCGAGGGCAAGAAGCUCCUUAGAGCAGCUGGACUGACAGUGAAAGCUUAUUUUUCUGACACUUUUCUCAGCUUACUGCUGUCAACCAAUUAGUUCAUUUCUGCCGGAGGUCUCAGCCUGACAGAGAGACUUUUUUUUUUCUCCUUUUGAUUCUGUCACUGAGUUUUUGCUCAUUGGUGGAUGAAAUUAGGUCUUUGUUAGAGACAUUAGAGACAUUUCAGUCCUGCUCUCUACAAGAACAGUUUGUUUUAACUUUAUACAGAGAUUCUGGAUCAUGCAAAUGAGAAACUGAUGAAACUCUGCACCAAUUGGCUAUUGUCUCACUGCGAUCAAACCUGUGGGAGUGGCGGCUAACCUUUCGAGGGGUUUCUGCUGCAGCCAAAGAUAAUCAGCAACAACAUCUGAUGAAGACUUUCUUUGGUGCAUUGCAUUUAUUCACAGCCUUACUGAGAAGUGAGAGUGGGUUAUUUGCUGCACCUGCAUGUAGGUACCCAUUUUGAAAGAUUUAUGAAAGGUAGAUGGUAGAUCCGGUUUCUGUAUUUCUGUGCAGAUCUCAUAAAAAGAGACAAGAGUUUUAUUGAUUUAAAACCCAAAUUUCUGAUCUUUCUUUGUUUUGCCGCCAGGAGCCAGAAAAGGGGAGAGGAGAGAGGGGUUAUUGAAAAUGUCAAUAUGUUCUUUCUGGUGCAGUGUGUUCAGUAAUUACACCCACCGAAGCACAACGAGUGAUUUUCUGACUUAUUUUCGCCUCUCAGGCUGCUCAAAGAUGAGUGCUCGCCCUGCUGGCUAAAAGAAAGCACCUGCAGAUUGAAGCCAGGUGUUUCAACAUAAAGAACUAAUGCUGCCGCAGCUUCUCCUGCCAGGGUCUGAGUGGGUGCAUAAUCAGUGUUGAUGGUAAAUGAAAUCCAGGAGGAAAAACAUCCUGAGUUUGGUCUUUACUGAAAGGGAAGCUGCGUCCUUCCACUAUCUUGACAUUUGUAUCAAAUGGAUUCGAGAUUCAAGCUUUUUUAUUGUCAAUUUCAGCCUCAUGUGAGUUCAUACACAGGAACUGAAAAAGACGUUUCUUUCCAAAAAAUUCAGAAAAUAAUUUUUAAAAAGUACAUUAGAGAAGAGGGAGUGGUUUAUGUGUCCGCAUCUACUCUCAUGUCUACUUUGUCUAUGCAUAUAUACAAUCCUAUACACUCUACUACUCAUAUUUAGGGAUCAGUUGAUGCCACUAAAACAUGCAUGGGAUAGUUUAUGUAAGACACUCUGACACUCUCUCAGGUCAGAUCAGCACCUCUGUCUGCUCUUUCGCUCUCUUUCUGGACUGAUAUGCAGCGAGACGCGUCACAGGGCGCAUUAAAAAUGAUACAAACCCUUUAGGGCUCAUAUAAAUAGUUUAAAAUCAAGUUAAUUUUAAUACAAAUGUUAAAAUGAUUCCUGUUCAAAUGAUUAAAUCUCCAGUUGCACUUUUUUUCCGUCUUUUAUAUAAGAUUUGAGUCAGAUUUAACGCUCUGGAGUGUCUUUCGCUGAUGUAAUUGAAGUGUUAAAGUUGUAAAAUGAACUCUCUCAUGAGAUUCGUGAGUGCAUUUUACAACUCAGCUGAGAAACAAGCCUUUAAAAAUAACAUUGAAUUUUACAAGAAGUCGUGUAUCAUGGAGGAAGCAGCAUUUUGUGGCCUGAAAAUCUAAAAUAUAGGAGUAUGUAUAAAUAUCUUGAAACACAUUUUCAUUUUAUGUCUUUAUUUUGGCACCAAAUUACGGAGAGUAGUACUGAUAUAGAAUUUUCAUCAGUAGCUGCGUGUACAUGGGCACAAAUAAUCGGAAAAAAUGUCCGAUCAGAAUAAAAAUGCGUCAUGUAAACGUGUCUAACGGAGGAUUCCGAUCCAAUUCAGCUCAGUGGAAAAGAAAUUGUAUUCUGAUCGAGAGGGGUGGUUUAUGCCGAUUGUUAUUCUGAAACGCGUCCAUGUUAACACUUAUUCCGAUCGUGACUCUCUUAAAAAAAAACAAAAAAAAACACAACCGCAGAUGCCUUGUCUGCUCCUCUGGUAACAUAACAAAGCGUAAUGAUGUCACAUCUGCACGCACAGCGCAACCUUUGACAGAAAAGUAAAAUAGUACAUAAGGGCGCCAUCUAGUGACAAUAUUUAACAGGGUAAAAACUCCUGAAUAUGAUGAGGUGAGCCACUACCGCGCUUGUUGGUGUGUUGACAAAAGGUGUCAAUACAACUCUUCUUCUGUGGUUGUUUUUAGAGAAAUCAGACAACUCUGCGCAUGUCCAAAUGCUUCUAAUCUGAAUAAAGCUCGGUGCAUGUGUACAUAAUCUGAUUUUUAAAAUUUUGCACCCAUACAAACAGUGGAUUCAGAUAUUCUGAUCCCUCAAUAUUUUAAUCAGAUCAAUAAAUUUUGCACAUGUAAACAUAGCUAGUCUAGGUGUUGACCAUUACUAAUGGUACCAGUUCUAGUUUUGAUAAUAUCCCAACAAUACACAUGUAUUUAUGUGUAGAAAGGCGGAAAUCUGCUGUGUAAAUAGUAACACCUGCCUGUGUUCUCAAAUAUAAAGUAAUCUGAUCUCACUUUAAUCCUCCCAUUUUCUCCCUCCAUUACAUUGUUUUAAAAAGCAGAAAUUAAGGCUGAAAUACUCCAAAAAAUACCUCCAAAACACUGACCAUUCUCUAAAAGGAGGCUUUCUCUGAUGCAGAGGACGUUUGCCACAGCUGAAGUUUGUCUCUCGUACUAUUUAUCUGACUCUAAAAAUAGAGAGAAGGCAGGAAAUUAGAGACCAACCCCUCUAAUGAGUGUGGUUACAUAAUAACGUGUUCAAACCGGACGUUUGGCUGGAGUUUAUAUGUCCAGAAGUGCCGAGACUUUUGAAUGAUUCACAUGUGAGGCGAGAAUUUCUAUCCUGCUUUAUUUCACACUCUGGUCCAUCUCAUGUCUGAUGCUGGUGAACCAAUUUGACCGCUGAGAGCUGAUCUGUGACUCAUCGAUCUGCGGACAGACGCUCCCAAAACCAGGAGAGUCUGAUGUCUGAAAUAUCAGAUGAAUGAAAUUGAAAUAUUCCUUAAACACAGUCUAGCCUGUGUCCUCUUUGUACAUUUACAUUUUGUAAUGAGAUCAUUUGUCAUUCUUCGCAUCCCUGUUGUCUCAUUUAUCACGUUGCAGCAGAAAAACUCAGCAGUGAUGUUGCUUUAAUGGAUGUUUCUCACCGGCAGCAGCAGUGAAAUAAAAAAUGCGCAGCAUCAUUUUCACUACAAAAAAAAAUCAGAUUUAUGCCCCCUGGCAGAUCCUGCUCUGUUUAACAGACCUGUCUGCUAACAGCAGCUUGUUUAGUUACCAGUCAGUGACAGAGAGAAACUAUGACAGGAGCAAUAAAAACAGAGACUGACCAGGAGGAGUUACCGAAGAAGCUGAAGCCAAGGGAAGUGUUUAAUUUAGCCAAAUCCUGUAAUAAACAUUAGUGAGUAAAAGUGUGAACUGUCAGCAGUGAUUCAACAACAGAAACUCUGGAGGUGUAAAAAUAAGAACACAGACUACAGAAACCAGACCAAACACUUACAUAACUCCAAAUGUAACUCUGAGGGGAUAUCCAUCAUUCAUAGAGAUAUUCAAUAUUUAUCAAAUAUUGUGGAAUAUCUUUUUUAAAGGUUAGAAAGAGGGUUUCUGCAAAGCUUGAGGCAAAUGUCUCAGAGUGGGUGUGAAAACUUUGGUUUGACAGUUCAAAGAGGACUGAAUUUCAAAGCAUGCAUUCUUCUUUGUCAGUGUUGAGGCCUGCGUUAACCGCAAUGCAACUCUAGUGUUUAAAGUUUCGCAUCAGGAUCUGGCGAAUUCAUAGACUGUAUAUAGAAUGGACAGCGUUAACCGCAAUGCAACUCUAGUGUUUAAAGUUUCGCAUCAGGAUCUGGCGAAUUCAUAGACUGUAUAUAGAAUGGACGCUGUCUGCCUCCUCGCUGGGUGAAGCCACUCCUAGAACAGCACACCCUGGUGACAGGGUGCAGUAUAUGUCAUAAAUCCCGCCUCAUUUAGCAAAGCUUAUGGAACUGUGGACAAACUGUAGAAAUUUAUCACACAGAACAUAAAUUUUUCCCCCCCUGCUUGCGAUGUUGACAUGUAGUUACUGUAAAAGUCCUUACACACCGGGAACGACGCAAAUUUGACGACGCAAAACUCAGAAAUAUUCAGAGGCGAAUUUUGACACGCCUGACUAUACACAUCAGGCACGAUACGAUUUUGCGGCUUUCCAAGGGGAAAAAAGAUGCGAAAAUAAAGCGAACGCCGAAGUCCCAAAACUGCAGUUCCUUAAAUGUCCACCAGAGGAUGUGUCUUAAAGUGAGUCAGCCCCCACUGAGAUGUCAAACUUAAAAGUGGAAAUAGACAUGUUUACAGCAUGAUGCACAAUCAUAAUAAAAAUUACAUUGAUAAUAAUAAUAAUAAGGAUAAUAAUAUUAAUGCAGAUAUUGUAAUGAAACUUAAAAAAUGAAACUUGGACUGACUCUCAGAUGGACAACACUGACAUUGAUUUCAUCGUAGUCCAGAUCGAGUGCAUCUACUCUUCAAUCCACAAUUCUGUCUUUGCAUGGAGGGAAAGCAAACACAUGUGCACAGAUUUUUAUUCAUUUUUAGUUUGUCAUCCUCCUUGUUACCACGGUAACAGCAGAGCAUUUUAAUGCAUUAAAACUCUGCCGGAGAGACGGGAGCAGAAAAUUUCAUCUAUUCAUUAAUUUUAUAACUCUCUGUCUUUAUCUGAGUCGUGUCUUUGUGAUUGUUUGUUUGAGUUUCAACAUCGAUUUAUUUUUGUGUAAAUGCUUUUUUAGGGAGGAGUGAUAGAGACAGAUGAAAACAGGGGGAAAUAUAGAGACUGUGCAUGUGUGAGGAGUUCAUCAGUUUGUUUAGCGAGGCGUAAAAUAGGACAGAAACCUGUCGGAGCGGUCCAAUAACUGAGAUGGUAAAUCAUUUUUUUUCCAGUCACCUGAAAUAUGAAAAUGAAGAAAAUUUGGACUCAAAGAAAACAGAAAACACGCAGUUCCUGUACUGAAACUCAUCUGUCUGGUUCAGUAAAUACAUCAAAUUCCUCCACUCAGCCGUGUGAAACUGUAGAAAACAGGAUGUCAUUUUUCCUUGACAUUGCAUUUGCAUUAAUAUUUAUGUGCUAAAGUGUCAGCCUGGAACAACAGAGAUAUUUACAUGAAUUUCUAUAUUUUUAUGGUGCUUUCUCAGUCGCUUCAUUAUCAGAGCUGCUGCAGGGCGUUUGGUGUCGAUGUAGGCGGUGUGGAUGGAGUUUACCGCUCAAAAAGUGUGAAACGCACCCUGUGGUAGAGCCUCACAUCGACAGACUCACACAGAGAAGUAAUACAUGUUUAAUAAAAAGAUACUUAAUGUGCAAUAAAACGUCCAAGGUGAGGACGACACAGCUGGAGGACAGGGACGAAGAGAGGGAAGAUAAAAAGUGUCAGUGAGACUUCUGCUCAGAAAAAUCAGACAGAGUGGUGACUCAUUCCUCAUAAAAUAUCUCUGUCCUUAGCUAUUUCUGUGUCCGUCCACACCUGUCUCUGUCCUUACCUGUCUAUGGACUUGUAUAUCUCUGUGUGAGGAGAGAGACGGAGGAAGAUCUGCCCUCACCUGUCUGUGUCCUCAGGUGUGACUGUCUUCUUCAUUGUCCAGAGAUUCUUACCUGUUUUUUUUCGUCCACACCUGCCUCGGUUUCUGUCCCCACCUGUCUCUCACUCUACUCAGAUGUCACUAAUACCCUACUUGUCCUUGUCCUCACCUGUCUUCUGUGAUCACCUGUCCAUGUCCUUCCACCUUCUUCUGUACUUACUCUCCAACGUUACUCUCUUUAUCGUUGCCUUCUCCUUACUCUCUCUCCUUACUCUCUCUGUCCUUGCCUUCUUCUCUCCUUACUCUCUCUGUCGUUGCCUUCUUCUGUCCUUACUCUCUCCAUCCUUACUCUCUCUGUCCUCACCCCCUUCUGUCCUUACGCUCUCUGUUCUCACCUUCUUCUGUCCUAACUCUCUGUCCUCGCCUUCUUCUGUCCUUACUCUCUCUGUCCUCACCUUCUCCUUUCCUUACUCUCUCUGUCCUUGCCUUCUUCUGUCCUUACUCCCUCUGUCCUUGCCUUCUUCAGUUUUUCUCUCUCUGUCCUUACUCUCUCUGUCCUCGGCUUCUUCUGUCCUUACUCUCUCUGUCCUCACCUUCUUCUUUCCUUACUCUCUCUGUCCUUGCCUUCUUCUGUCCUUACUCCCUCUGUCCUCACCUUCUUCUGUCCUAACUCUCUGUCCUCGCCUUCUUCUGUCCUUACUCUCUCUGUGCUCACCUUCUUCUGUCCUUACUCCCUCUGUCCUUGCCUUCUUCAGUUUUUCUCUCUCUGUCCUUACUCUCUCUGUCCUAUGCUUCUUCUGUCCUUACUCUCACUGUCCUUUGGCUUCUUCUGUCCUUACUCUCUCUGUCCUCAGUUUCUUCUGUCCUUACUUUCUUUGUCCUUACUCUCUCUGUCCUCGGCUUCUUCUGUCCUUACUCCCUCUGUCCUUGCCUUUUUCCGUCCUUACUCUCUCUAUCCUCGCCACCUUCCGUCCUUACUCCCUCUUUCCUUGGCUUCUUCUGUACUUACUCCCUCUGUUCUCAUCUUCUUCUGUCCUUACUCUCCACGCCUGUUUCUUUAUACCUUAACUGCAUUUAUUUUGGCCUUCUGUGUCUGUGUGUCUGCCAUCAUCACACCUCUCUCCUCUGUCUUGUCCUCACAUGUCUCCCCCUCUCACCUGUCCAUGUUUUCUGCGCCUGCUUUUUAGUCAUUUUCCUCCCCGGUUUCUGUGUCUGUCAUCAUGUCUGUCUCCUCUCUUCAGCUCUACAUGUCUCCCACCUGUCCCCGUCCGUGUUUUUCUGCAGCAGGUAUUUGGAUUUUUUCCCGUCUCUGGCAGCGCCGCGCUCGCUGCUGGCUCUGCUGUCCCCCUCUUUGUAAUUCAGAGUUUCUCCGCCCACGCAGGCCGGGGUACAAUUACUGCUGGAGCAUGAAAUAACAGCUUCCUGCAGGCAGGUUUCAAAGCCCAGACGUGUCAAAGCAGCGAUCAGCCUCCAGGGUCAGAGUCCAGGGCUGCUGGUUUAUUUCUGCUGGACAUAUUCACACCAGAGAGGCCGUUUGAUUGGUCCGAUUCAUGUUGAGGAUUUACUGCAGAGCUGAGUGUUUACUGUACUGCUUUGGUUUACAGAGGACUCACUUUCUUAGUGUUUGAGUUCUGCACUGUGCUGAAGCAGCCCUGGAGAAAUAUCUGUCUGAGUCCAUCAUAAUUUCUCACUUAUGGACAAAAACACACUAUUUGUGUCUCUAACAAUAUUUGAGGAGAUCUCUGCAGAGUCCAGAGAGAGCUCAAUCUGACGGACAGUUUCACUUAUCGAGACAAGUCUUGGCACUAAAAAGGCUAUGAAGCAGGAUUAGAAAACGCAGGAGACGUUAAAGACACGUUUGUGUAUGCUUGACUGAUGGGAGGAACAAUUUCAGAAACUGACCAGAAAUUAACCAACAAAGAGGGGGGUGUCACAGAAAGACUCGAUAGUGACAGGGGGCAAUUAAGCCUGAGUGUGACACAAGAAAAGAUGUGUAAAUAUGAGUAAUUUCAACAGAUAAUUAAGUUUGUACGAUCCUGAUAUCCAGCCUCAUGAAUGAGAAGUAUGGGCUCCUCUAAAGAAUAAGAAAUCAGCCGUUAUGCUCGAUUGUAGCUAAUGCUCCGAACUCCUGCAUAGUAAUUCAGACAUGUCAAACUGAAUGAAAUCACAUUUUUUUGAUGAGCUAUUUCAGUCCUUAUUUGGUCGUCUAGAUAAUGUUUUGAUCUCUAUUCAUACCUGGAGGAUAAAUGAGGUUUAGGUGUCUUUAUUUGGUCUCCUGUCUCCAGAGAUAAUCCCGAUGAUCCCUCACUGAGUAAAGAAAAGACUCUGUGAACUUUGAUUUGAUUCAUUUAUUACUUAUAAUUGUAUUUGAAUAAUUCAAUACUAUGGUAUUUGUGAAAUGUAAUCAUUAUUUUGUAAGGAGUUGGAUUUGAUAUAAUCCUGUUAUUAUGGCCAGUGUGCAUUAUGUGACCUGCAGUACCAAAUGUGGCCACUGUGCUGAAGUCGUCUUAUGCUGAUCUCGGUCUGAACAUGGUGUGUUUUGUAUGUUUCACUGACUGCUCUGAUUUUGUUUUUGUCUUUUUUUUUCAGGCAGAAGUAUAAAAGUACAUCACAGAGGUAAGAAACACACAAGUACACAAACACACUCAGUAAACACAUUUAUUUACUCAGGUCAAUUUAGAGAAGUGUAUGCUUUGUGAACUUCUCGUGGCAUCAGGCAAAAGUGGAGGCUUAUCUUCUUUAUUUUUUUAUUGAUAAUGUUUAAAACUGCUUUUUUUAAAAUGUGUGUAUAACCACCUGUUAUAUUUGUUUUUCCAUCCUGUUUUAUGGCCAUAACAACAACAACAAAACAUUAAAUCACACAAUCUUAAAGCUCCUGUGAGAGUUCUUUUAGUUUGUGUCCAUUUUGGCGCCCCCCUGUGGCCGAAAGGUUUCGCUCUAUUUUUUCUCUUUUUCUCUAUUCCAAAGCUUUUUUGGCACUUUUAGUUUAGUCAAAAAAUGAAAUCAUGUUUUUUUGAUAUGUCAGUAUUGUAGAGAGAAAUUUUGCUCCUCCAUCCCUCCCUAAAGAGUUUAGAGGUUUUAAAUAAAUGUGCAACAUUUAGAAAUAUAACGUGGAUGUUUUUGGAUGAUUAAUAGAUGGCAAACUGAGUUUAGACUACAGCUACAGAAGAGCAUAAAUGUUAUUUGUAAGAUUAUAUGAGCAAAUUUUUCAUAUAGCAGUCCCAGAACAAAGUUAUUGUAUAUAAUUGUAACUUUGCUGUAUACUGUUUACUUUUAUAUAUGCUAUCCUGUGACUGAGACUUUGUUUUUUGUAUUUCUACCUCCAAUAACUAAAUCUAUAGGAACGAAGCACUCUACUCUACUCUACUCUUUUCUAUUGUAUUCUAUUCUUAUCUAUUCUGUGUCCUCUGCAGCGUAUGAUAAAUCCGUUUUCCAGGAAAAUUAAAAAUGCUUCGGUGUCCUCAGUCUUGAACUUUGUGUUCCCUCCUUCCCUCCUUUUCUGACUCCAGCUGUAACCAUGGCAACUGAAACAUAUUCCAUCCAGUUUACGAGGAGGUGUUUUGAUUGCCAUGGUGACGGCACAAUGCUUAGCCGCAGUGGAGUCUUUAUGUGUUCUCCGUUGUAAACAUUCAAAACCAUCGAAACCCUCCCUUCCAUCAUGUGUCCUGUAAAAACACAGGGACAGCCUGCAGAACACACACAUACACACAUUUAUAAAUAUAUAUAUUCAUUAUUUGUCCAUCCACCCAUUCUACCAGGGCUGCAGGACAGGUACAGGGCGUUUUACGAGCAGUCUUCAGGGUACAGGUUGCUCUUUCACACCCACUCAGCAUCUCCCAGCAACAACAGAUUAGGCCCAUAAUUCACUUUUACGACGCUGGAACUUUUGACACUGUUAUGGGAAAUGUUCUAUAAAGGUGCAGCCAAACUCUGCAUUUUUAUAACCUUGAAAUCCACUGGGGAACCAUCUGGUAUUGGUAAUUGACAGGGAACAAUGGCCAGCUUUUAAGGCGCUGUGAUUUAUCGGGUAGUCGGCGGUCACUGCUGCAGUGUUUACAGUGAAACUAGCAGAAGAGAAGAGAAAUUCAGCCCUGCAGAUAUACCUGAAAAACAAACGAUUUUUAGUUCAAUGCGUCAUAUUUAUGUGUUUCUGGUGAGUCUCAGUUUCUCUGUAAAUAGAAAACAGAAACGGAUGACUUUCCUUAGUCAAACGUCAAGCUUUGUCAGGUCCGUACUUGAUGGUUGUGGUUUUAAACUGAGAUGAACUGCCUUCCUGACAGAGGCACAAUGAGUAUACAAGGAUAGAAAUUUACACUGAGGUCCAUCAGGCAGCACUUUCAGGAGACUCCCAUUGCUUUCUGUGGGCGUUGGAUGAUUGACAGGAGGUAGGGUGUCAUGUGACCAUCUGGAGGAAGCAGAUUUUCAUGUUCUGGUUGUGUGGUGAGAACAGGACGGCAGCUGUGUGGGGGCAAAGUAUGAAAAACAGUACUUCCUUCUGUCAGAUCGCAGGUGUGUGAAGUCUAAUGAGACGAUUUCUGAAGAGUAUCUUAGCUAUCGUUUAGAUAUGCUGAAGAAUUAUACUAGUACUAUUAAAGCUGCUGUCUUAGAAACCAAGAAAAAGUCUCUGAAUCUCUGCAACCAGGUAACAAGGUGUACAUCCGUGAAGUCGUGCUGAAUGCUCUGACGUCCACUUCAACAUCCUCUGUGAGAUUUUCUCGGACAAAGACUCUUGAAUUGGAUGAAAAAGUUGUUUCCUGUGUACCUGCAGCAGCUCAGACAGCGUUCCCAGAAUCUGACCACUCUUUAUUCAAGUGGGCGGUAAAAAUAGUUUUGGGUGGGCGAGUUCAAGGCCGUGAUUGUCUGAUUGAAAUCAGUGAACACUGAGCCGAGCAGAGGAGCGUGAUAAGAGGGGGAUAACAGCUGGUACAGAGUGUUUCCUGCAGACCCACUCAGGAGAGGCCAGGUCUCUGCAGGCUGAUGAAACUGAAAACAACAUGAAGUUGAAGAGAUUUCAUUUCGGCAGUGAAUGGACGUGCUGUUUUACUGCAAAUCAUGAACCAAAACUCAUUCUUGUUUCAUGCAUUUACAAGCAGAAACACUCAAAGGACAAAUUUCCCUCUUCUUCUCUGCAGGCGUGUGAGAUAGGAGUUCAUGAGCGACUUUUCAUAGGAGAGGCUCAAAUAUCUUUCAAAGUCAUUGAUUUUUUGUACAGCUCCUACCUCGUUCUUGUGGGCUCUUGUGUUUUCUCAUCUGGUCCUUUCUUCCUGAGCAAAUAUCAGUCUUUAAAUCUGAGCACAUAACGUUAUAACCACCACUGCCAGAUUUUUGUAUUUGCUCUUAAUCAUUCUUUUCGCUCUGCAGUACUUAUCCACUUCCCUGAGUUUUGUCGUUACCUCCAGGUCCGGCUCAGACUCUUUCAUCUUCCUUUCCCGUAAGCUUUCAGGCGGCACUGAGGUUUAAACAUUUCACUGAUUCGCCUGAGAAAUGAACAAAGUUAAACGGUCCGUUUUAUUUUGCUUGCACGUUGCUUUAUGUUGCAAAUGCAAUUACCCUGUUUGUCUCUCUCUCUCUCUCUCUAUCUAUCUAUCUUUGCCUCUUUCUUCUUUUUUGGAAAAGGACCAGGAUGUGUGACUUAAUCUCAAAAACUUUCAGAUCAGUGAUCAAUGAAAUGAUAUCUCUGAAAAGUGUAACACUAUAAUUUGCAAAUGCAGCAUUUUGUAUUUGCAGUUUUUGAAGUUUGAUUCUUUAAAUUGGUUUGAAUCCACUCUAAGCCCUCGCUCAACUCAAGAACAGUUGACUGAGGGCCAUUUCACAGAGUAUGCCAAAGUCAGAAUGAAGCUUAAUGACACAAUAAAUCUAUGAUUUAAACAGGGAUCCAUUAAUAACUGUGGCGUUUCUGUAUGAUGGAGGAUUAUUGUGGAGGAUUAUGGUGAUUAUUACUUCAAGGAAAUGAUAAAGAAAUGAUCAUAAAUGUUCUUCCUUGAGCUGCGUCACCCCGCUGUAGUCUGUAAUGGACUGGCCCAAGGUCUCGCUACACACAAACGGCUGCUGGAAGAGAGUCAGUGAGUUGUGUUUAGUCUCUUUGCUAAAGAAAUUAGGCAAAGUUAAAAAGAUGUUUGGUGGCUAGUACUAUGGCUGAGACCCUAUAUGUACUGUUGAUGAAGUUAGGUGCUGUUCUGAGCAUUAUUUGUGGCUAUAGAGUGGUAUUUUGGUUGAGGUUUGUUUAUGGCUUCUCAGACCGCUGUGUAUUGCCAUCGUGCGAUCGUUACUAAAGUUGGUAUAACUAGAGAAGCAAGCAGUCAGCAACAUUCAUCUGUCGAGGGGGAGUCUAACUCUGUGUUAUGGUGUGUUUGACCCUCACUUAAUUUUACGCCGGAAUAUCCCUUUAAGUUAAACAAAAAGGAAAGAGCCCAAAAUCCAACAAAAGACAGCGGAAGGAAAAAAAUCUCAAGGAGACACUGGCAUAAACACAGAGACAUCGGCAUACAACGCCAAAUGAACCAACAAAGAAACAGGGGAAGACAAGGACUAGAAACACGGGGAAUAAACUUCUACAAAAUAAAACAGGAAACACAAAAACUGAAGAAAGAAUAAAACACUGAGAACAUGAGGGAAACAGGGUCAGAUACAAUCUGGAAACUCACAAGACAAAACCACAGUGGAACAGAAACAAUAGGAGAAAUCACAAAGAAAUGAAACUCAAAUCAGAAAAUGAGGGGAAAACUAGAUUAACAGAACAUAUCAUGACACCUGCUGUGCUCACUGAUCUGUCCUCUUAUGUACACACCACUGACUGAUCACAUGACUUUGUUUGUGUGUGUUUUUAGGCUGAAGAUGGUCCUGGAGCAGAUGGACCGAGGCGUGGUGGACCUGCAGGAGCUCCGCAGGAACCUGGAGCUCGCCGCUGCCAUGUUGGACUCGGUGUACACGGAUGAGACCAGGUGAGACUCAGCAGGGCGGUGAUCUAUUCUCUGUUUGUCCACACUGACACUGACGAUUGUUUGUUUGUUUGUGUCUGCAGGCGUCUGUUAGACACCGAGGACGAGCUCAGUGACCUGCAGGCCGAGUCUGUGCCCACCGAGGUGCGUGAUUGGCUGGCGUGCACAUUCAGCAGGAAGAUGGGCGUGGCCAAACGCCGUCCCGAGGAGAAGCCGAGAUUCAGGAGCAUCGUCCACGCAGUGCAGGCUGGGAUAUUUGUUGAGAGGUAACGGUUCGCUUCAGAGAUAGACGGAUUUAUUGGAUUUCUUAAAUAACUGAUAUUGGCUGAUUUAAAAAAUGAACAAAUCAUUUCUGCAGACACUGUCAAGCAACGUCAACAUGAUAAAUGACAGGAGAUCAAAUCUGACAGUACGUGUGAAGUGUUAGAUUUAUAUUCUGUUAUCAUUUGUAGGAUAAUGCAGUUUAAUAUUGACCAUAUAUGGACCAAACUCAGUGUUUUGGUGAAAUAAGUAGGGAUAGGAAUCGAGAACCGGUUCCAAAUGGUUCAAUCCAUCGACAUCAUUUACAUUUUAUCUUAAUGAUUCCUUUCUUUUGGGUGCCUUGAAAAACAGUCUCGGAGUGCCAGUCUACGCAAACGGGAGCAGAGACAGAGAAAAAAACAUGUCGGAUGGCACGAAAAGUAGGCAGAAAUGAGCUAAAGCGUGGCUUAAUUUUACAAAGAAAGACGACAACAGUGCAACGUUUGUUGAGCAAUUAUAACAUCCAACAACAUGCUUAAACAUUUUCUAACAGGGCACGGCAUCAAAUGUAAGGAGUCAUGUAUUUGAUGCUCUCCAAAGGUCGUCAGCCGCUGCAGCUCCAUCUUAGCACGGCAUGGAAGGUACAUAUGAUAGAGUGACCAUACGUUCUCUUUUACCCGGGCAUGUCCUCUUUUGGGGGGCUUGUAGAAUCAGUGCAUCAGUGCUCUCUGCAGCUCUGCCCCUCCACUCACCUCUAAGCAAAGCCACCGACGCGACGCACGCAUGCAUGCACUGUCUUUGGGAAUUCAGAAUAUGCGUUUAACUUAGUUAGAAGUGCAUAAAAAACACUCGACCCGACCCCAAAAAACCCUCAAUAUUUCACACACAAGUCCGCCCCACGUAGUAGUGUCCUCUUGUUGGGGAUUCAGAAUAUGCACACGAUGUAUGCUAGAAAUGCUGUACAAAUAGCAUUAUUAAAAAAAUUAUUAUUUUUAGACUCUCACUGAAGGUGGCAAACAUUUUUUUUCUGUUAUCAGAGACUCAAUAAAAUGUUAAGUUAACGGUGAAAACCUAAAGUCUACUUUUUUUUUUAAAAUCAAAGACAGGCAUUGAUAAGGGAAUCAUUAAAGAAUUGAAUCGAUAAUGGCAUCGAUAUUGAUAAAAUCUUAUCAAUUCCCAUCCCUAGAAAUAAGAGAAGAGACCUGCGUCUGUGCAGCAGGCUGAGGAUGGUGAGGGAGAUUUGAGGAGAUUAGAAGUUUCAGACUUUCAGACUUUGAUCUGAAUAAAAUUAAAACGUUGUAAUCUUUUAUUUCUUUUAUGGGCACAUUUUCAAGAUUCAAUCUAAUCCAAUGACUUUAAUCAGAUGAGUGUCGGGCAGCUGGGUCCUGUUUUAAAGACUGAACCCUGCAGAGAGAGUCGAUCAGAGGAGCAGGUGAAUGUUCAUGAGAUAAAGAGCAGAAAGAAAACCUGCGACUGCUCUCAGAUCAGUCAGAUAUCAGAGUUAUUUCGGUCUCUGUCUCCAUCACCUUAAGAGAGAAGAGAAAAACAACUUCUCAGAGACCAACAUGAGGGAAAACAUCCGGCUGAAGUUCUGCUGCGAUGUGAUUAAAGUGGAGGACGGCCGAGUAACCACGUUAGCGUACAAGCAGAGAUGGAGACGCAGAUCAAGGAGGGAAACCAGGAGGUCCGCUGUCAUUAGAGAGUCAGUGAGAGCGCUAUCACUUCAUCUGCCGCCGCUUAAUGACGCAUGAAAUCAGAAAAUAUCUGCUGCACCGUGACGGCCCUGACCACGCCACUGCUCACUCUGGGUGUUUAGAGCCCCGUUACUAUGGCAACAAACACUCUACCCUGCUCACAAACUGAGGAGGAUGGAGUGUUUAUAUGCGCACAGCUGUCUGUAUCAGCAAGUGUGAGCUCUGAUAUUUAUAUCUGUGUGCGUGUUUGUAUGUGUUUGUGUGUGUGUGUGUGUGCGUGCACGGCUUCAGGAUGUACAGACGGACGUCCAACAUGGCCGGUCUGACCUACCCUCCCACAGCUCUGACAGCUCUAAAGGUAAAAAACUGUUUGACAACUAAAGAACCAUCUGCAGGAAGUGACUUCAUUUAUUUAUUUUCAUAAUAAAAGCACUCAGAGUUACUUAUUUAAAUACUUUUCAAACUUUUAAAAACUUUUGUGCAGGAGGUUUCUGCUCUAAAAAAGGAAAGGAGGAAAUGAAAGUGGGAAAGGAGGCUAAAGAUAGGAAGGAAAACAUGACUGAGAGAAAAGGAGGAAGUAGGAAAGGGAAGAUGGAAAGAGGGAUAGGAUUGAGGAUUAAAGGGAACAAAAGAGGAGGUGAGAAAGUUGAAGGAAAGAAGAAGGAAUUGAAGCAGAAAAGAGGGGGAGUAGACAUAUGUAAAAAAAGAAUAAGAAGGUUUUUGUGAUAAAGAAAGGAAGGAAAAGGUUCCACUCAGAUUAUGAAAAGGGUGGAAAAAUAAGGAGAAAUAUAAAGAAAGAAGAGAUAUGGAGAAGGAAAGAUAGGAAGAUGAGAAGCGGACAACUAAAAAGACAAGGCGGGUUAAAAAUUGAGGAAGCAAUGAGGGAGGAAAAGAGGAUGAGAACUGACAGAAGUGGAUGAUAGACAGAGAAAUAAAAAAGUAAAAAGAGGAUUGAAGAUGGAAAAAAGAACCAUGAGGGAAUUUAGAAGGUAGAAAAGGAGACAAGAAAAAGGAGGUAUAUGGGGUCAAGAACGUGGAGGGUGUAAAUUAUAGAGGUGGAGGAGAAAUAAAACAGAGGGCAAGUGAGGAGAGAAGGAAUAGAGAUGAGAAGAAGGGAGGUAAAUGGAAGGAUUCAAGAGGAGGGGGGAAGUAAGGAAAGGGAAGAAAAAAGGACACAAAAAUAGAGGCAAGAAAGGAGAGACUAAUAAAUGAUGGACAUCAAGACAGCAAAGAAGCUUAGAGAAAGGAGGGAAGAAAGGAAAGAAAGGUGUUUAAGAAGGAGAUAAGGAAAGAGAGUAGAGGGAAAGUGAACAAGCGAUGGAAGAAAGAAGGGAGGUAUAGAAAGGAAAGAAUGAAAACCUGGAGCGAAAGAUGAAGAUUGAGCGUGAGGAGAAAGAGGUGGAGAAAUCAAGUGCCUCUGGUUUUUGUUUGUGUGAUGAGAGAUGUUUCCUCCUCUGGACCUACACUACACUAACUCAUGAUUCGAUUAGAUAUAUAAUGAUAUAAUAAAUGUUAUUAUUCUGUCUGUUCUUCCUCAUUUGUGCUCCUCUGAGGAUGUAAAGCAUUUAGAAGAAGAAAAGAAAUAAACUUUAUAGAGAAAAACAACAUAAUCUAUAAUGUAAACAACACUGAAUUCAAUAAUGACCUCAUCAGUAAUCAUGAUCAGUGAUUUAAUUGGCUGUUCUGUUUCACCUCCUGCUGCUCUGAGUAAUCGUAGUCACCACACCGCCCUCUGCUGGCAGUAAUCCUACAUUACACUGAAAGUAGAUAAGAGAUUUAAGCUCUCUCCUAUAGAAACUGUUAUUGAUAAGACUGACUCCUAAUCUGAUUGGUUGUUCUGCAGGAAGUGGAUCAGUGGUCGUUCGAUGUUUUUGCCUUCCAUGAGGCGACUGGAGACCAUGCGCUGAAGUUCCUGGUCUACGACCUGCUGACCCGCUAUGACCUCAUCAACAGGUUCAGGGUACACAUGGCUUUUAUGGUUAACAUCUUUAAAGUGGGUGGAGCUUGAUGUCAGAGCCAAAGGCAAAGGUGUGCUCAGAUAAGAAAAUCAUUCAAAACAAGACAGGACUCUGUAGUGGAAAUCACCUCAUGGGCUCGUAGUCACUUUUCUGGACCUGUACCCGUUUAAAAAAGGAAAACUGUCCCGACUUUUUCAGGAAGGACCUUUUGUUGGUUUUCAACAUGUUACACAGCGUCCCGACUGAAUUAUUGUUGGGGUUGUCCUUCUAAAAUGAGUCCUACUUGUGGUUUAACCUGUCAUCUCUCUGGUUUCAGAUCCCGGUUCAGGCUCUGGUUCAGUUUGUUGAGGCUCUGGAGAACGGAUACAGCAAACACAAGAACCCGUACCACAACCUGAUCCAUGCGGCGGAUGUCACACAGACUGCGCAUUUCCUCAUGCUACACACAGGACUCAUGGUAACACACACACACACACAAAAAAAACAUUCACACUGUGGCAUCUCAGUUUCUGUACAUGAUCUCAGUUGAUGGUCACACUUUGGACUCAAUAAUAAACAGUCUGUUUGCCUGUAAAUUUGUGUCUGUGUGUUUUCAGCACUGGUUAAGUGAGCUGGAGAUCCUCGCCAUGGUUUUUGCAGCAGCAAUUCAUGACUUUGAGCACACAGGAACCACCAACAACUUUCACAUCCACACCAGGUGAGUGAGAAAGAUAGGAAUUAAUCUGUUAAAGAAAAAGCUGACUUUGGAAAUGAACAAAUUCAGGAGUAAAAGUAGAGACAGCAUUUGGAUCAAUACUGAAACAGACAGCUCCUUUGAGUCGGAUAAUAUGUUAGCACAAAAUAAGCUGUAUUUUUACUUUUGUUUUUUGUGUUGGAAAAACUAAAGGUCAGAUCAUUUCAUCUGCAGUAAGUUAUAUUUGGCAGUAAGACCCUGUUCUAAAAGCUUCCUGCCCUUAUAUAAUGCCAAAGGCUUAUGCAGGAGGGGACGACUCCCCUCUGUUUCAUGUGAAUAUAUGAAAAGCCAAAGCAGGGAAAACAGCAGGGAAAAACAACAGCGACAACAAAAAAAACAAACAGGGUAGAGCUCCUUGGCUCCACACAUGCAUAUAUCAAAAUGCAAAAGCCCAAGGACAGGAGAGGACGCCUCCCAUUAUGCACAAAAAUGGAUUGCCAUGGCAGGCAGAGCAGCAGCAAAGACGCCUAGAUCACGGAGAGCAGCGUCAGUGACAAUCACUACUCAGACACAGGAUAAAAAAAGAGGAGCUGCGAUGGAGGCCGGGUGUUAAAACUCUUUAAAGAGGCUUUAAUUAAGAGUUUUAACAUGUACUCCUGACGCCAGCAUGUGAUUGGCUGUCAUUUCUGUCCAUCAGGUCAGAGGUCGCCAUCUUGUACAACGACAGGUCGGUGCUUGAGAAUCAUCACGUGAGCGCCGCCUACAGGCUGAUGGCAGAGGAGGAUAUGAACAUCCUGAUCAACCUGAACAAAGACGACUGGAGGUGAUUGAUUACCCUGAUCAGAGAGCUCUUACUAUCAGAGAUAUUGAUUAUGUAUAUAUGUAUUCAUACAGUAUGAUGUGUGUUGUUUAUCUACAGGGAGCUGAGGGCUCUGGUGAUUGAGAUGGUGAUGUCCACAGACAUGUCGUGUCACUUUCAGCAGAUAAAGACGAUGAGGAACGCUCUGACGCAAACACACAGGUACCUGCUGCAAUAACAAUCUCAUACAGGUGUGUCUGAGUUUAACUUGAACACCAGAAUAACAGACAAUGAGAGAGUUAGUAACAGUCUGAAGUGGUUAAAUGAAUAUUCUCUCAGACAUCUUCCAUGUUUUUAAUGUAUUAAGAGAAAAAAAACAAAGAGGAGCUGGUGUGCAAAAUUUUUUCUGCCUCAUAUUUUGCCAAAAAAAGGUCUUGUAAAUGACGCUGUGGUGCAUUGUUUGUCUUUUACAUCCAAGAAAAUCCCGUUAAAAUUAAGAAAUGUAAUAUUAGACAGUUCAGGAGAAGUGUGUCCUGCCAGACUGUGUGUCCGUGCGAUGAAGACGAGCAGAUCUUCAGUGGGAGUUUGGUGAAACAGCAGACAUAUGUUCCUGCAGGCUGCAGAAACAGAGCGGGCUGAGAGGAUACGAUCCAGUCUGAUCAGAGUCCAGAUAUUUCCUCUGUCUGUCAGACCUGCUGGACAGAAGGGGGAGGAGGGGGGUUACGCUUGGAUAAAUGCUGUCAUCACUCUGCGCACAGGCUGGAUUUGGAUUCACUCGUGUUCCUGCAGCAGCAGCUGUGUUACUGCACGCUGUGACCAAAAUACAGAAUCACAGACUCUGCACAGCUCAGAUAACACACAGGGGGGAUAAAGAGGAGCUCUUUUUAUUCUUUCUCACGCACCAAUUACGAAUUCACAUUAUCAGUUUGGGUGGUAAAAUUUUUGGAGAGGUGUUAAUCUGUCACGCUAUCAACUUUAUUAGUGCUGCUCCUACUUAUUAAAGUUCUCUUAACACUUCCAUCUGAGUGCGGUUUGAUUCUGCAGUGUUAUUUUAUCAUCUAUUUACACGUUUCCUUUAAAAGCAGGGAGCUGGGGGAGUCUUGCCAUGGUUAUUGAUCGGUGUGUACAGCAGCCUAAAGUGUUUGUGUUUGAAAGUACAUACAUUCAUCAAAGUGACAACCCAUGACUGCCAGCUCCUGUGCAUCAUGGGAGAAGGAAACAACCUACUUACUUUAGCCUGGAACUGAAACACCGCCAGGAACACCUCUGACAUGACUUAUUGGUCUGUUUUGCGCACUAAUGCUCAGGGUGAAGGACAUGAUGAAGAAAAGCAGUGACGUGUGAUUCUCUGCAUACCUUUCUGAUCAUUUCCUGCUCUCUCUUUCUCUCUCUCUCGCUCUUCAGUAUAGACAAAGUGAAGGUUUUGUCUCUGAUGCUUCAUGCUGCAGACAUCAGUCAUCCAGCUAAAGCCUGGCCACUACACUACCGCUGGACCCACAGUCUGAUGGAGGAGUUCUUCAGACAGGUAACAGAGCACACAGGUUAGAGCAGGUCAGCUGCAUAAGUGGAUCUCAUCAUCUACAGGAUUGUUGAACAAUAUAUACAGGUUUAGAAGCACCAUCUGCUGCCAUCAAACCACAUUCUGCAGGGGUUACAAUAGCAUGGCUCUGUAGUAGAAGAGUCCUGCUGCCGAAAUGACCUGCAUGCAGUCCUGACUUGUCACCCAUUAAAAACCUGGGUUCCUCCUGGGUUUAAAAAUAUUUACUAAAUGUUGGUGAAAGAAGAGCUUAAGACAGAGAAUGAGAAACACAACCCCAAAUUAUCUUUAUUCAUCUCUAACAGGAAUGUAAAGGUGGUUUACUGUUAACUCUGACAUUCCUCCCAUUUCUGUGUUUGUUCUGCACAUAUUUAAAAAUUACUCUGUAACAUCCAGAGUGCGUCUGAGUCUCAUGUUGCUGUGGUGACUGUGUCUCUUUCAGGGAGAUAAAGAGGUGGAGCUCGGCCUUCCUUUCUCUCCUCUCUGUGAUCGUAAAGCCACCAUGAUCGCCCAAUCACAGAUUGGUAAGAAAAACCAUCUGCCAAUGAACUGUCAGGACCAGUACUAGGAGAAGAGUACCCAUAACUAGAAGUACUGAGGUGCUCAGGAUGCUCAGAUACCUUAACUGAACCCUGCUGUCAGCGUUUAUAACUGUGGUCGGACAGAGACACCUGCUGGUGCUUUGAAGAAUUACACUUAUUUGCUGAGUUUUAACAGACUGUUCAUUUAAGUAUUAAACAAACACUGCGGAUCAGUUUUUCUGUCUUUCCUGUAUUUUAUUCUCCUUAAUCCUCUCUCCAUCUUCAGGUUUUAUUGAUUUUAUUGUGGAGCCAACUUUCAGCGGUUUGAUCGACACCACAGACAAGGUGAUCGGUCCUCUGAUAGAAGAGGACAGGAAGGCCAGAGAGACUGGAAACAGGAGGUCCAGGUACAGACUUUUUUACAGAAAGUGUUGGUAGAAAAAAAAAGAUGCAAAAAAAUUAAGUGAAGUGUGAGUUUACAUCUAAAGUAAUCAGAUUUCGCUGAUUACUAAGCAGAUUAAAAGCAUGCUGAAAUUUUGACAAAAUGAUGCAGAUCUGUAAAUAGUCUGGUUGCAGGAUUUUUCCUGUCUCUCUGAAUGACAAGAGGUAAACAACUUUAUAUCAACUGUUUUUUGACUGGGGUUUGGUUUUACCAAAUCUAAUCUUUUUGAAACUCUGAGUUCACAGGAUCCAUUCAACCGUUUCUUGUUGUUACAUUCAUGAACAUUUUUUUAAUGCCAUGUCAUUAAAAAGGAAUUUCAUGUUUUUAGAUGAAAAGUCUUAGUGUUACAAGAAUAUUGUCAUAAUGUUGGGAUGCUUCAGUGAAAAUGUAAAAGCUAUGUUUGAAGAACAAAGUUGUAAUGUUAGAAAACAAUAGUCCUAUCAUCAAGACGCUUAAAUCCUAAUGUUGCAAGAAAAAAACAUGUCAAAAGCCUGAAGUACCACUCUGACUUUAUUCCUGAAAUCAGAUUUUUUAAUGUGACCCUUAUCUGUAGGACUAAAUGAAUUAUGUAAAUUUGCCAAGCAUGCAAAUUUCUGUCAUUCAGGGGUGACAAACUUGAAUUUGAAGUCUGAACUUAUCAAUCAGAUUUUUUUUUUUUUGCUUCAGUCUAACAGGAAGUGGUUCGGUUACAGUGGAGUCUGUGCAGAGACACAGCAGUGGUCGCCUCGGUAACAGUGAUGACGGACACAUGGACUUUUCCUUGACAGCCAUUGACCUGCCAGCUCUGAGGUGCCACCUAUCAGGCGUCAUCGCCAGCAACAAGGACAGAUGGAAGGAGCUGUCUGUGCACGGUACUGACAUGUGCUAAUGUUACCAUUAAGCGUGUAAUCAUGGUGUCGAGGUUUUUGUAUCUUAUUCUUUUUUAUCUUUUUCAAUGUAACUUUAAAAACUUUUCACGAUAAAAACAAAAAUAUCCAAUAAUCCUGUGUGUUUCUGUUGUGCACAGAGCUAGCCAAUAAGGAGCAAGAGGAACAAAAGGGUUCGGCUUCUAAUGUCAACUCGCCCAAUCACAGCGCCCCUGAUGAGAACACAACUGACCAAUCACAGAACUGCGACAGCUCCCUUCCUGAGGAAACACAGGAGGAGGAGUCAGCUGACCACGACCCUGAAGAUCACCUGACCUGGAACGGUACGUUAAAAUCACAUGAGAUUGAAAUGUUUCCUCACUGUAAGGCGUAUAUGAAGCUGUUGCUAUGGUUACCAUUGCAGGGGCGGGGUCAGUGGAGGAAAAAGAAGAAGAAGUUGAAGAAGAGCCUGAAAACGCCUGAGGAUGAACUUUAGCCAAUUUGCCACUCUGGUUGUGGCAGGUUACUAUGGCGACAGGUGGUGAUGACGAGGGUUCAGACUCUCCUGUUUGGGCAGCGGCUGACUCAGCGGUCCUCAGUGGACCCUCGAAGGGCCCUCAGACCUUCUGUUUACAAACAACAAUGAAAAAACAUUUACACAUUUAAAGAGACGUCGACCAUCAGAGAUCAGUCUCUGUUUACAGAGCUGAGUGUGUUUGUGAUUUUAUUCAAGACUCAGAGGAAUUAUGUCUGAAAUAAUAUAUAUAUAUAUAUAUAUAAAGUCCGACAGGUGAAAACCGAAGGACAGGAAGGCUGAAAUACUCCUCUAAUUUAAAAUAACUUAAUAUAUAUACGGAGGAAUCAGACAUGGAGCUUUUAUGAAACUGUCAUGGGGGUUUAAUUCUGCUGUUGAGAGUGUGCGGACACUUAAAUUAUGACUGCUGAGCCUCUGGCCACACCCCAAUAUGUGAUGUCAUUCACCGUGUUUACAUGGCAGCCAUUUUUCUCCGACUUCAGGGUCAUGUUAAAAGGCUGCAGCGCUGUUAUUGUGUUAAGUGACCGUGUUCUCAGUUUCUAAAUCAUACCAUAUACAGCAAGUCUGAUGUAUUACUAUCAUGUACAAUUCGGUACUUUAUCACAAUGUGUGUACAUCUUAGUGUACAGAAUGUAACAGUGUACCCCUGGAUGCCCUUUUAGGAUAGAAAGCCUGAAAAAUGUUUCCUCUAGAUGCCCCAUGGUGUGGAAAUCAUGAAAAAUGCCCUUUGAAUGUCCUUUUAAUAUACUCAAAAACAGCGCCCCACACACUGAAGCUAUCUCCCUCAUUGCAGUGGUCACUGGCCGGAGUCUUACCUGCUCCCUCCUCCCCACAUUUCCUGUCUCCCUUUAGCUGUCCAAUCCAAUAAAGGCAAAAAUCCCCAAAAGUAUUAUUAAAAAAAAAAAACAGACCCACAUGAUGCCAUCCCACUAUAGAUAGUAAAAACAUGUCCUUUAGAGAUAGAAAACACACAAACAUGUCCUCUGGACCCCCUUCCAGAAUACAGACCAUAGUCAUAGUGCCCUGAAGGUGCCUUCCUGGUAUAAAGACUGAAAAGGAGUACCCUCUGGAUGCCCCACAGUAAAGAUAUAAAGAAAGUGCCCUUUGGAUUCCCUUUUGUGGAAAAGUGCCUUCUGAAUGCCCUGCUGGUACAGAAACCUCAAAAAAGUGCCCACAGGAUGGCGUCUCAGAAUAGUUUGUCCUCUGGAUGCCCUUUCACUAUAUAAGGUUUCCUUUAUACAUAGAGAUACAUAGAGAUUGUAAGAGAGUGUUCUUUCAAACCUUUCUGAAGAAAAUUGCUCUCUGGAAACUUAAGUACCCUUUAGUUUACUUUUCCAGCAAAGGAAUCCCUCUGGUGCCCUUCCAGUUUAUUAAAUCGAAAGGUGCCCUCAGGAUUCCCCUUCAGGAAAAAAUACCCCCUGGAUGCCCUUUGAGAGAGCUCCACAGAGACCAUCCCAGUGUAUGAAUAUUAAAAGAGUACCCUCCAGAUGCCCUACCAGCCCCUCUAACCCCUGAGAGUUUACAACCUGCUGUCAUGCCAUCAAGUGAUAAAAGUGAAGAGGUCGCAAAGUGUUUUUUAUAAUGAUGUAACGGGAAGUCUUCAUGAAUGGCAGCCUUCUGUUUACUGGCUACAGGAAGUGCCCUUUUUACUUCUUCUCACCCUGAACCCCCAAAUUUGAUUCCUGACUCAUGAUCCCCACCUCCUUCUUUACUGUGACUCUGGAGGAUGUUUUAGUUCCAUUUCGCCUGGUCCGCUUACUGUGCGCUAACCUACUACAUUAAUACAGAAGUGCAGGGUUAAGUCAAAGUUUACAUGCACUCACUGUGACAUCACUAAUGUGGGCGUGGCCAGACGUCAAACAGUUUGAGUCCACAGAGAGCAGAGUGGCAGAAAUCAAUCAGAGUGGAUAUCUUAUCAAUCAGAAACACACCUGAGUUUACACCUGACCGCUUUAUGGGAAGUUUUUACUACAACACUGGUUGUCAUGUUGUACUUUUGGCUGAUGUAACCAUGAUUUAGCGUAACGUUAUACACUCCACCAUCUUUGUAGAAACUCUCUGAAAACAGUCGAUCAUCCAUCUGAGAAGAAAAAAAACAGCAUUUCAAUUUUUAAAAGGGAGAGAGAGCAGCUCAGAGAUCAGAGCUCCUCUUUCCGUACGUCUGACUGUUGACGAGAACUGUGCAUUAUCACCAUGGCAACAAGGACAACAGAAACACCUGUUUCUAUAGCAACAGCCACCGAGCUGGAGGGUGGAGCCAACUCUUUGGGUCUUCUGAGCACUGUGUUUGUUGAUGCAGCGUGUGCUAUCGUCAUUGUUUGCAUUUUGGCUCUGUGUGUGUGUAUGUAUGUGUCUGAUAGAGAGAGAGCGAGAGAGAGAGAGAAUGUGUGUGUGUGUGCUCUGUAUAUUGUACAGCUGUUUUCUGUAUUAUUGUAUUAAACACUGAGAACUAUGAUUGUC